AUGGCAGACAAGGACAGCGUGGAGAAGUUCCUCGACAACAACCCACAGUUUGCUAAGGAGUACUAUGAGAAGAAAGUGAAAGCAGAUGUUAUCACUGCUGCCUUCAACAACCAGGUCCAAGUCAAAGACCAGGCCUCUUACAAGGAUGUCUCCACCAUCCAGGAGGCUGAGUUCAUAUUCGAGCUCGUGAAAGAGAUGCAGGGCACCAACCCGAUGGAAAAAGCCUUGCACAAAAUUCUCCAGAGGAUUGCUCUGCUCAUCCAGGCUGAUCGAGUCAGCUUCUUCAACUACAGGGCUCGAAAUGGAACGCCUGAGCUUAACACCGUCCUCUUCGAUGUGACGCACAAUUCAUCAUAUGAGAAAAAUAUAGUGAACCCAAAUUCAGAGAUUGUUUUUCCCACUGACAUGGGGAUUGUCGGUUGGACGGCACACUCUAAGAAGCCGCAGAAUAUCGCUGAUGUGAAGAAGGACUCUCAUUUCAGCGACUUUGUGGAUAAGCAGACCAAAUACACCACCAAAUGCAUGCUCACUUCUCCCAUUAUGAAUGGAAAGGAACCCAUCGGUGUGAUCAUGGCACUCAACAAACAAGGUGCAAAUGAAUUUUCAAAGAGUGACCAGGAGCUUUUCAAUAAAUAUGUGAACUUCGCCUCUGUGGUCAUUCUCCAAUCAUUUGCUGCUUACAUGUGGGAUGUGGAGUCAAGGAGAAGCCAGGUGUUGCUGUGGUCAGCCAGCAAAGUUUUUGAAGAGUUGACUGACAUUGAAAGGCAGUUUCACAAAGCUUUAUAUACAGUGAGAACUUACAUCAAGUGUGAGAGAUACUCUGUAGGACUCCUCGACAUGACAAAAGAUAAGGAAUUCUUUGAUGAAUGGGCAAUCAAACUAGGCGAACAGGAGCCAUACAAAGGCCCCAAGACACCUGAUGGCAGAGAAAUCAACUUCUACAAGAUUAUUGACUACUUGCUGGAGACAGAAAAAGAGGAGAUUAAAGUUAUCCCCGGACCUCCAGCUGAUCACUGGGCUCUGGUCAGUGGACUCCCAGCAUAUGUGGCUGAAAACGGAUUUAUUUGCAACAUGAUGAACGCUCCAGGAGAUGAGUACUUCCAAUUCCAGAAAGAAGCAGUGGAUGAGACUGGAUGGAUGAUUAAGAAUGUCCUUGCACUCCCUAUCGUCAACAAAAAGGAAGAAAUUGUUGGUGUUGCUACUUUCUUCAACAGAAAAGAUGGCAAACCAUUCGAUGAAAAUGAUGAACAAAUUACAGAGGCUCUGACCCAGUUCCUCGGUUGGUCCACCCUGAACAGCGACACGUAUGACAAACUCAACAGGACUGAGUGGAAAAAAGACGUCUCCCAGGAAAUGCUCAUGUACCAGACAAAGGCCACACUGCCUGACGUGCAGACCAUCCUGAAUACUGAAGAAAAGUUAGGCUCUGUACCGGAAGACUGUGACCAGAAGGAGAUGUACAAACUGCUGAGAGGUAACAUCCCUGAGUCCAAGAACGUGGAGCUGCACGAAUUCCGCUUCAGUGACUUCCCCUUGUCUGAGUUUGAGCUCAUCAAGUGUGGCAUUCGCUGCUUCUUUGAGCUAGGGGUGGUGGAGAAGUUUAAAGUCCCUGCUGAGAUCCUGACACGAUGGAUGUACACAGUUCGCAGAGGAUACCGUGACAUCACUUACCAUAACUGGAGGCACGGCUUCAAUGUUGGACAAACGAUGUUCACUUUGCUGCUUACUGGUAAACUGAAGAAGUAUUACUCUGAUCUUGAGGCCUUUGCUAUGGUGGCUGCUGGAUUCUGCCAUGAUAUUGACCACAGAGGAACCAAUAAUCUCUACCAGACAAAGAGCGCUUCCCCACUGGCAAGACUGCACAGCACCUCAGUUAUGGAGCGUCACCAUCUUGAGUACAGUAAAACACUGAUGGAGGAUCCGGACCUAAAUAUCUUCCAAAACCUUCAGAAGCGUCAGUUUGAGACAGUGCAACAUUUGUUUGAAGUUUGCAUUAUUGCCACUGAUCUCGCCCUCUACUUCAAGAAGAGAACAAUGUUCCAAAAAAUUGUGGACAGUGUUGAGGGGAUCCCAGAUGAGAAAGAGAGGAUCAACUACAUCUCCAACAAUCCAACCAGGAAAGAAAUUAUCAUGGCAAUGAUGAUGACAGCUUGUGACCUGUCAGCUAUUACCAAACCAUGGGAGGUUCAGAGCAAAGUUGCUCUGAUGGUGGCUGCUGAGUUUUGGGAGCAGGGAGACCUGGAGAGGACAGUCCUUGAGCAGCAGCCCAUUCCAAUGAUGGACAGAAAUCAUGCUGACGAGCUUCCAAAGAUGCAGUGUGGUUUCAUUGACUUUGUCUGCUCCUUUGUGUACAAGGAGUUUGCCCGCUUCCACACAGAGAUUGACCCCAUGUUCAAGGGGUUGACCAUCAACAGAGGAGAAUGGAAAGCUCUCGCAGACGUACAUGAGGCCAAGAUUAAGGCUAUUGAAGAUGAGAAGAAAAGGCUGGAAGGUGGAGAUGAGCAAGAGGGGAAAUCAAAGACGUGUGUUGUCUGCUAG